CCCGUGUACUGGUUUCAUCUGAACGGGUCAAGAGACGACGCAUUGUUGAUGUUACAGAUGUACGGGGUUCGAUACCUAUUGUUUCCAUUUUUAAAAGGUUUUCUUUUUCAGAUAGCGGUUACUGAUACAAGGGCACUGUCAUUUUUGCCCGCGCAAAGUUUUCACUCCAGGUUUUCCCUCCUAACUUUCAAUGACACGUAGACACUGUCAUUUUUGCCUGCGCAAGAGUUUUCAACACUUUUUUUUUCGGUUUUCCGUUUUGCCCCUCGCUUGCCCAGAAUUAGAUUAGGGUUUUCACUACCAAGUGCAGCGGGGGAGCAACCAAUGGAGGUGAGCCAAAUUCCUCAGCUUCUAAAUGACACGCUCAGUUCUGAUGUCAAUGUCGUCCAUACGGCCACGGAAGCUCUAAAUCGCAUCUCUCUCCUCCCUCAAUUUCCCCUUUCCCUCCUCUUCGUUGCCAGUGGAGGUGAAAAUGACGGUCAAAAGGUUGCUGCGGCUACAUACCUUAAGAACUUCACCAGGCAAAAUAUCAAGGGCAAUGGUCCAAAUUCAAAAGUGAGCAAGGAGUUUAAGGAUUGUCUUAUGCGAAUUUUGCUUCAGGUGGAACCUGCGAUUAUGAAAGUCUUGAUUGAAGUGUUUCGGAUCAUUGUUGUCGCUGAGUUUGUUGAGCAGAAUUCUUGGCCUGAACUUGUACCUGAACUGCGGUCUGCUAUUUGGAGCAGCAAUCUUAUCAACAACGGUACCAAUUAUGAAUGGAAUACCACUAAUGCCCUUACAGUUUUCCAGGCACUUAUCAGACCUUUCCAGUACUUUCUAACCCCUAAAGUUGCCAGGGAGCCAGUGCCACCACAACUAGAGCUAAUUGCAAAAGAAAUUCUUGUACCUGUGUUAGCUAUAUUCCAUCACCUACUUGAAAGGGUGUUAUCUACCCAUGGCAGGACAGACUUGGAAGUGGAGAAGAUCCUUCUCAUUGUAUGCAAAUGCAUAUAUUUCACUGUGAGGUCGCACAUGCCAUCUGCGUUAGUUCCUUCUUUGCCAAUGCUUUGCCAGAGUUUGAUUGGGCUUCUUGAUUCCUUGAGCUUUGAUCAUGGUGUUACUUCAGAAGGUGGGCAGUUGCUGAGACUGAAGGCUGGAAAGAGGAUUUUGCUCAUAUUUUGUGCUCUGGUUACCCGGCAUCGGAAGUAUUCUGACAAGUUAAUGCCAGAUAUUUUAAACUGUGCUCUGAAAAUAGUUAGAUACACCGAAAAUAUCAGUAAGCUUGAUUUCCUGUCAGAGAGAAUCAUUUCAUUAGCUUUUGACUUAAUUUCCCAUAUUCUGGAGACAGGCCCGGGAUGGAGAUUGGUUUCACCCCAUUUUUCACUUCUGUUAGAUUCUGCAAUCUUCCCAGCAUUAAUCCUGAAUGAGAAGGAUAUUUCAGAGUGGGAUGAAGAUGCAGAAGAGUACAUACGAAAGAAUCUUCCGUUUGAAUUUGAAGAAAUUUCGGGAUGGAGGGAGGAUCUGUUUACGGCCAGAAAAAGUGCAAUAAGUUUGCUUGGUGUUAUUUCAAUGUCAAAGGGGCCUCAUAUGGUGACCUCUUGUAAUGGUUCAGCUGCAUCUUAUAAGCGUAAGAAGGGGGAAAAGAACAGGAGAAAUAAUCGGCAUUCUAUGGGGGAUUUGUUGGUUCUUCCAUUUUUGUCCAAGUUUCCCAUCCCUUGGGAUGCUAAUGCAUGCAAAGCAAGCAUUAUAAAUGAUUAUUAUGGGGUUCUAAUGGCAUUUGGUGGCCUGCAAGAAUUUCUAACGGAGCAGAAAACUGGAUACAUAACUGUUCUGCUUCGGGCUCGGGUGCUACCGUUAUAUACCAUGUCUGUAAUUCCACCAUACUUGGUUGCUGCUGCAAACUGGGUUCUUGGGGAGCUAGCGUCCUGUCUCCCAGAAGACAUGUGUGCAGAUAUAUAUUCCUCACUACUCAAGGCACUGGAAAUGCCAGAUAAUGAGGAUACUUCCUAUCAUCCUGUACGAGUUUCUGCAGCUGGGGCGAUUAUGGAGCUUCUUGAAAAUGAAUAUCAGCCACCUGAGUGGUUACCACUUCUUCAAAUUGUGAUUAGUAGGAUAAAUAUUGAAGAUGAAGAGACUUUGAUUUUAUUUCAGCUUCUAAACUCAGCGGUGGAGGCUGGUGAUGAGAAUAUUGCAGAUCAUAUUCCUUUCAUGGUUUCAUCACUAGUUGGAGCACUCUUAAAGUUUGUUCGUCCUAGUCUGGAUUCAUGGCCUCAAGUGGUUGAAAGUGGCUUUGCAGCAUUAGCAGUAAUGGCCAAGUCUUGGGAGAACUUCCUGCCUGAAGAAAUUGAGCAGAUUGAAUCAGGUGAAAAGUGGGCAUCUGGCCAGGCUGCCAUUGGUAGAGCUUUGUCAGCACUAUUGCAACAGACUUGGCUUGCACCUAUGCAUCUAGUGGACCAACAAGGUCAGGUUUCUCCAUCUCCUACAUGCAUAGAUGAUUUAUCGAUGUUGCUGCGAUCCAUCAUGCUUUCUGUUACUGGAAGUGAUGUGAUUUUACAGCUUAGACUAUCUGAUUUACUAUUAGUUUGGGCUGGUCUGAUUGCUGAUUGGCAUGCCUGGGAAGAAUCUGAAGAUCUAUCAGUCUUUGAGUGCAUUAAGGAAGUUAUUAAUGUACACAAAAAGUAUGGACUGGAGAAUUUCAUUGUUGGACAAAUGCCUUCACCCCCUGCUCCACCUGUGCCCCAACAAUCGAUCAUUGAAGGCAUUAGUGCUUUUGUUAGAGAGGCUGUUAUGCAAUAUCCAUCUGCAACAAGGAGGGCUUGCUUAUGUGUCCAUUUGCUACUACAUGUACCAUGUUACUCAACUGAAACCAAAAGUGUGAAGCAGUCAUUGGCAAUUGCUUUUAGUCAGGCUGCAUUUUCUCAUUUCAAACAAAUUCAAAGCAAACCUUGUUCACUUUGGAAGCCUUUGUUGCUUGUUAUAUCAUCAUGCUAUUUGUGUUAUCCUGAUACUGUGGAAGAGAUUUUAGAGAAGGAUGUGAAGGGAGGUUUCACGAUUUGGGGAUCUGCACUUGCUUUUGCCUGCACUGGCUCUUUUGAACAUGGUUUGGAGGCCAAGUCUGAGAUAAAGUUAGGAGUAAUUACGUUGGCUAAGGUAAUAGAGCGGCUCUUAGAGCAAGGUAAUUCAGGUGGUGGCUUAUUAAGGGACUGCUUUAGUUCAUUGAUGGAGGCAUCGAUACAGUUGAAAGAAGCACAAGAAGAAAUGGAAGAUGAAGAAAGCAAUGGUGAAACUGAAGACAUUGAUGAAGAUGACGACAAUGAAGAUGAUGAUGUGGAUUCUGAGGAUGAGGAACGCGAAGAAACUGAAGAAGAGUUUUUAGAAAGAUAUGCAAAAGCAGCGAUAGCAUUGGAUGAUGACACCAUUGUUGAGGAGGGGGAUAUGGAAGAUCAAGAGCAUGAUAUUGAAAUGGCUUCAACUGCUGCAAGACUUGCAAGAGCCAUUGAUGGAGUGGCUGAAUGCGACCAGCCAAAUGAUGACAACAAGGCGCGCUACUGGAUAGUCAUGAAGAAUGUGCAGCUCCGUUUUGCUUCAUGAUUACAAACUGGGCAGCAAUUAUUAACCUCAACAUGGUGGUAUUGAAGGUUAACAUUAUAAGGUAAAGUUUGUCUCAAAGUUCUCCACACCAUAAUCUAAACUUUACUCGGAACUUGCACCUGCCAAAUUUUUCCCCAAAGAAAAUUUUGAUCGGGAAGCUGCUGUUCUGGAAUGGCAGUCGCCAUUUUAUACCCUUCUUUAAUAGUAUAUUGUCCAGAAUGUGUAGAAGUCCACACCCAUUCAUCCUUUCUAACCGUUCGCGAAAGACGAAUCUGCAAUAUACACGUUACAUCUUUUUCCUGGAAAAUGCUUCUCACAAGCUCAACAUCCCACUGCCUAUUCACAAUUAAAUCAGCCACCAUAUUAACUUGAAUAGCGUCUUCUCGUUCUGUUUGUACAAAUGGUUGAUGAGGAUCUACCAGCUAGGGAUCUCUCCAUAUGUCUAUGGUUGUACCAUCACCAAUUCUUUUCGCACUUCCUGUAUAAUAUGUCACGAAGCCAAAAUUGCUCUCCAUAUUUGGC